AUGGCCGACCUCCUCCGUUCCGCGCUGCAACCCAUCACGCACAAUUUCCCCGCGCCCAUCCGCGACCUGGGCAUCUCCCUAAUUGGCGACUCGUGCUACAAAGCCCUCCUCCUCGACGUCGACCUCGAGAACACAGAAUGCCUCAAACUAGCCAUUAGCAAGGCCCUGGGCAUCGGCAUCGUCGGCGCGUCGGCCGUCGUCAAGGUGCCCCAGAUCAUCAAGCUCGUGCAGUCGCGCUCGGCCAGCGGCAUAUCCUUCCUUUCUUACCUGCUCGAGACCAGCAGCUACCUGAUCUCGCUCGCGUACAAUUUUCGGAAUCGGUUUCCGUUUAGCACGUACGGCGAGACGGCGCUCGUGUUGGGCCAGAAUGUGAUUAUUACAGUACUGGUGCUGAAUUAUAGUGGGCGCGCGAGCAUGGCGGCGUUGUUCGUUGCUGUGUUUGCGGCGGCUGUCGCGACGCUGUUUAGUGAAGGUGUGCUGGAUAUGCAGAAGCUGAGUUACCUCCAGGUGGGAGGUGGUAUGCUGAGUGUGGCGAGCAAGGUGCCGCAGAUUGUGGCUAUUUGGCAGCAGGGCAGCACUGGGCAGCUCAGUGCUUUCGCUGUCUUCAACUACCUCCUUGGCUCCCUCGCACGCGUCUUCACCACCCUCCAGGAGGUCGACGACAAGCUAAUCCUCUACGGCUUCCUUGCGGGCUUUGUCCUGAACCUCAUCCUCGCGCUGCAGAUGGUCUAUUACUGGAAUGCCCCGACCCCCCAGGCGAAGGGCAAGAAGAAAGAAGCACCACUCAAGCAGACCGCCUCUGUGGCUCCUGCUGCUGCUACCUCGUCUGCGGCUGACAUCCCUCGCGCUUCGACUCCGACUCCGAAGAGCAAGGGCCCGACGACGCGCCGCCGCGGUUAG